AUGGGUAUUCACGGUCUGACAAAGCUGAUUUCAGAACACGCACCUGAUGCCAUCAAGAGCCACAGCAUUGACAGCUAUUUCGGACGCAAAGUGGCGAUCGACGCGUCGAUGAGUAUUUAUCAGUUUAUGAUUGCUGUACGACAACAAGACGGCCAAAUGCUUACGAAUGAGCAGGGUGAAACCACGAGUCAUCUUAUGGGCAUGUUUUAUCGAACAGUGAGGAUGGUAGACAACGGCAUAAAACCAGUAUAUGUCUUUGAUGGCAAACCCCCGACUAUGAAAUCCGGCGAGUUGGCUAAACGUAAAGCACGUAAAGAAGAGGCUCAAGCAAACUUGGAAGAGGCUAAUGAAGUUGGUACGAGUGAGGAGGUGGCACGCUAUACCAAGCGCACCGUCAGGGUCACAAAAGAGCACAAUGAUGAAUGCAAACGAUUACUCAAGCUUAUGGGCAUUCCCUAUGUCGAGGCCCCAUGCGAAGCUGAAGCUCAAUGUGCUGCUUUGGCCAAAGCCAAUCUUGUAUUUGCCGCUGCAUCUGAAGAUAUGGAUACGUUGACUUUUGGUUCACCACGCUUAUUACGCCAUUUGACAUUUUCGGAACAACGCAAGAUGCCCAUUGACGAAGUGCAUUUGGAUAAGGCAUUGGAAGGAUUAGGAUUAUCACAUGAAGAGUUCAUCGAUUUGUGUAUCAUGCUUGGCUGCGAUUAUGUUGACAGCAUCAAGGGCGUUGGACCUGCACGUGCAUAUAGCUUGAUCAAGGAACACAAGACAAUUGACGAGGCUUUGAAGCACUUACCUGAAAAACUUCGUGACAACGUGCCAAAGGAUUGGAAAUACGAUGAAGCCCGCGAGCUCUUUAGAGUGCCUGACGUUUUACCUUCAACCGACAAAGUCGAACUCAAAUGGGAAUUGCCUGAUGUUGAAGCUAUUGUUGAUUUCAUGGUCAAGGAAAAGGGGUUCAGUGAGGAUCGUAUUCGCAAAUCCUGUGAGAAGCUUACCAAGAACGUCAAGGCAGCCACACAGAGUCGGAUGAGUGACUUUUUCAAAUCCGUUCCCGCCAAACCUUCUCCCGCCUCAGGCAAUGCUCUAAAGAAGAGGAAAGAAGCACCCGAGGCGAAAGGCAAGCCAAAGAACAAACGCAAGAAAUAA